AUGGUCCAAUACACUUUGAAGGAGUACAACGCGGACCCGGCUAAGGUCUUCGGCGUGGGGAGAUCAUCAGGAGCCAUGAUGAGCAACGCCCUCGCCGCUGUCUAUCCUGAUGCCUUCGCCGCAACAACAGUCUACUCGGGCGUCGCCGCUGGCUGUAUGGCAGUACCAGAAGGCGUCCCUGCCAACCCGAUGGAGACAUGCGCCAAAGGGAACAUUACCAAGACGGCCCAGCAGUGGGGCGAGAUAGUCCGCUCGUACAAUCCCAGCUACAAGGGGCCUUACCCGCGCAUGCAGAUACGGCACGGCACAUCUAAUGUUGUCGUUGUGUAUCACAACUCUGCAGAAGAGCUCAAGGAGUGGUCUGCGGUCCUCGGCGUCCCGUUUACUCGAAAUAUCACCAGCACUCCCGAGGCCAAUUACACGCAGAUGAUCUAUGGUGACGGAACUCGGUUGGUUGGAUACAGCGCACUGGAUGUUGGUCAUGUAGUGCCGGAGCAUAGCACCGAUGCUAUGGCCUGGUUUGGUAUUUGA